CGGAAAUGGCCAGAAAGUCACUCUUUGUUCCUGUUCCUCUCCACUCGCUUAUUUUAUUUUUAUGACGUUUUACUUGACAAAAUACGCUCCAAAUGCUUCCCGUUGAAUAUUUUACCUUAUACAAAGGUUAUUUUUAUUAAAAAUAAUAAUAAAACCCUCAUUGGGGGGUGUGGAAUGAAACGAUCAUCCAGUCAAUUAGCGAGAGAUGAUGAUGGUGGUGUUCCACCCGAGAAAAGAAUUCAAACUCAUUCGACGGUAAUUCCUCAGGCAUUGGUGGGAAGUGGCAUUGCAUCGGGAGGUGCUCAUGUUGUUAGUCCGGUAUUGGGAAUGGAGGCUGUGAUGCCAAACGACACCUUGGUAAAUUCUGAUAUAAUGCAGCUUCAGGAUGCUUCUUCUGCAUCUGCGGUAAUGAACGAACAUCAUUCUGAUGGGUUGACAGGAGACGUUUUUUUCUGUCAACAAAUGGAUAUCACCGAACCUCUUACGACAUUGCGUUGUUUACUGGAGCAGCGUAUUAACACAUCAUUAGAAGAUUAUCAAUUUUAUUUACAAGAUACACAAGAGCUGGAUGCCAGUAAAAAUCUUGUUAAUCAAUGUGUUCAAGGAGAAGGUUUAGUGCAGAUAAAUGUUGAAAUUACAAACAAAGAUACAAAAAAAAUUAAUAUUGUGGAUGUACUAAAACCUGCUGAAGAAAUUGUUGUUACCCCUGAUACGACACAAGGUGAUAAAGUGGGAGAAGGUCCAGUCGUUAAAAAAGUUGUUAUACCAGUUAUGGAAGAAAAUGAACAAAUUACUCGUUGGGUUUUAUCAACUGAAUAUCGUCAAGAACAGGAAAGGUUAAAAAUUCCAUCAGAACCGUUGAAUUGGACGCAAGAUCAUGUACAGCAUUGGAUUAAGUGGGCUGUUCAACAGUUCAACCUGCAAGGGGUCAAUAUGGACUCGUGGAAUAUUACCGGGAAAGAAUUGUCCGAAUUAAGUCACGCUGAUUUUGUUAAAAAGGUGCCUUACGAUCCAGGUGAUUUCUUUUGGACCCAUCUCGAAUUACUUCGCAAAUGUAAAUUUGUCGCCGUGAUUCAACAGCCCACUUUCGUUCAGCCUUUUAACCAGGGAUUUGCAAUCUCCAAGGGAAUUAACAUGAAGAACAGACUUCGAUCUCCUAAGAUAGGUGCUCCUAGAGUGGCGUACGAAGGUUGUCCUGGUAAUCGUACGGGAAACAAUGGUCAAAUCCAACUUUGGCAGUUCCUGCUAGAGUUGUUGACGGACAAGGAUCAGCGCGAGUACAUUCAAUGGGUCGGAGAUGAUGGCGAAUUCAAACUGAACAAUCCCGAAAUGGUGGCCCAUCUCUGGGGUCAACGGAAGAAUAAACCUACCAUGAACUACGAAAAGCUGAGCAGAGCGUUGAGAUAUUAUUACGAUGGAGACAUGAUUGCCAAGGUUCAUGGAAAAAGAUUUGUAUAUAAAUUUGUUUGCGACUUGAAGAGUCUGUUGGGAUAUGACGCAGCAGAACUGAACAGACUGGUGAUGGAGAGCGAACAGAAGAAACUGGAGAAAAUUCAAAACACCAUAGUGCCAUUUUCAACCGUCGAAGUCACGGCUCUGGGAGCAUCCUCCCAGUCGAUCGACGGCAAAUCAGACUCCUGAUGUCUCUGACGUUGUACAUAUGUACAGACUCGGUUGUUACAUCCUGUUAUUCUAUAGAAUAAUUUUUACAUAUUCAAAUCUCCAAGAGUUAAUAGAGCAUUUGAACUUUCUAGACGAUCGAUUUAUAAUGUUAAGAAUCUUUAAAAGAAACUUAAAUGCAAGUUCUCCUUGGGACCACCUCUGAUCGAGGAGUGCGGACUGAAACGUAUCGCACCUUUUAAUCGAUCCUCGAAAUUCGAGGAAAAAGCUACGGGACUAACGCAUAAAUCCUAGUAUGCAUGGGAGUCGGUUUGUGUUUUAUCGUUAACUUAGCGAGAGAGAGACCAUUUGUCAUUAUUUUCUUCUUAGAAUUGUUUUGUUACGUUGUUGAAAAACUCUGAGAGGCGCAGGGUCGACUUCGCGGUCUGUCAGCCCAAAGCCGUAAUCAAACCGUAUACUACACAGACUAUAUUCAACAAAAUAUAGUAGAUUUUUUAUAAAUUUAUAAGAUUAGCACUUUAUCCACUAUAUAUAUUUUUGAUCUCUAAAAAGAAGAGAGUUGAUUUGUUGUGAAAAAAUACCAUACUUUCAUAUUUGGACACGCUGCCUUUUCAGAAUUGCCAAGAUAGGCUCGCUUACCGAAAGAGUGAUCUCAGCAUAGAUUUAUGAUAUAGAUAUUUUGCCAAUUAUUCCGAUGGAUUUUACAAGGCAUAAUUUUCGGAGCGUAUAUUCAUGUUAAAGAGAUACGAACAUAGUGAGUAAUGUUCUUCACAUGCUCAUUUCUAUUAAACAUAUUGGAAUAAAUGUAUGCUGGUUUAA